GGUUAUUUAAAUUCCACGCACCUUCGGUUGCUCAGCAUGUCUCGCGGUCUCGCCCUGUCGUCUCCUCGCCGCUACUGACUACUGAGGAGUGAGGAGCAUGGCCCUGAGUAACCUCGUCGUCGUCCUCCUCGGUACCGCAUCGGUUCUGCUCCCCUUCUCCCCUGCAGAUGCCGGCGUGGUGGGCGUGAGCUACGGCCGGCUGGGGAACCACCUGCCGGACACGGCUUCGACGGUAAAGCUUCUGCAGAAGAGCGGCAUCACCUCGGUGAGGCUCUACGACGCCAACUCCAAGGUGCUCAAGGCCCUGGCCAACACCGGGAUCACGGUGAUGGUAAUGCUACCCAACGACAACCUCGCCGCGGCGGCCGCGGACCCGUCGAGCGCGCGGCGGUGGGUGCGGAGAAACGUGGCGGCGUACUACCCCGCCACGCGGAUCCACGGCGUGGCCGUGGGGAACGAGGUGUUCGAGGAGGCCAAUAAGAACCUGACGGCGCAGCUCGUCCCGGCCAUGGCCAACGUGCACGACGCGCUGGUGAAGCUGGGCCUGGACGAGGCCGUGAAGGUGUCGACGCCGAUCGCGUUCACCGCGCUCCAGGCGUCGUGGCCGCCGUCGGCGGGCAGGUUCCGGGACGACGUCGCGGCGUCGGUGAUGAAGCCCAUGCUCGAUUUCCUGGAGCGGACGGGGUCGUACCUCACCGUCAACGCCUACCCGUUCUUCGCGUACGUCGAGGAGCCAGACAAGAUCUCCCUCGACUACGCCCUGGGGAACUCCAACGCCGCCGGCGUGCGCGACCCCGUGACGGGGCUCGUGUACCACAGCCUCCUGGACGCCCAGCUCGACGCCACGUACUUCGCGAUGGAGAAGCUGGGGACGUCCAGUUCCAGUGCGCAGGAGCCAAAUUUCAUGGCGCGAAAGGGUCCGCGCGCGUAUGUUUCGGAGAGCGGGUGGCCUUCCGCCGGCAGGCCCAAACCCGGCGGCAGGCCACGCCCACGCGGCGGCGGGAGCGGGAGGCGAUGUUUGGAGGAGGAGGAGGCUGGGGACGAAGCGGCUUCGGUAGCAAACGCGCGAGCGUACAACAACUACCUCAUCAACCGCGUGCUGUCCGGCGACACGGGCACCCCGUACCGCCCCGGCGCCGACAUGGACGUGUACGUCUUCGCCCUCUUCAACGAGAACCAGAAGGGCGACGGAGCGGACGACAUCGAGCAGCACUUCGGCCUGUUCUACCCGAACCAGACGAAGGUGUACGAGUUCGACUUCCGGGGCGGCGCGCUGCCGAGCUGGUGCGUGGCGAACGCGUCCGUCGGGGACGCGCGGCUGCAGGCGGCGCUGGAGUACGCGUGCGGCCACGGCGCCGACUGCGGCGCCAUCCAGCCCGGCGGAGCGUGCUUCGAGCCGGACACCGUGGUCGCCCACGCCUCGUACGCGUUCAACAGCUACUACCAGCGGAACGGCCGGGGCAGCGGGACGUGCGACUUCGCCGGCGCCGCCUCCGUCGUCCACCACGCACCGAAGGUUGGUCACUGCGUCCUCCCGUCGAACGGUUGGGUUCAAGAAACAACAGCAACAGCGAAGUCUGAAGGCUACACUGCCAUCUGAUGGCCUGAUGCUCAAGUAAAACUUUCAACAAAAGUUCAGUUUGACCUUGAAUUGCACUAGUAGAAAUGUAGAAAAGUGUAAAGCUAGGCAUCUGCACAAGCACAUCAGAAUAACAGAUGACCUUGCUUGCUUUGCUUCACCA